AGCCAACAAGCGUCGAGCGCGGCAUCAUUUGUAAACAAAACCUCAUCGCGGUUGGAAGUACCUUCGGUGGUAGCCGGAAGUUGAAUAUAAGCCUCUCGUAGAAAGUGGACUUGGUGAAUGUACAAAGCAUAAUAGAUAACUAACUAGUACCGGACGAUUAGUAGCUAAGCGCUGUAGGAAUAAACAUGCCCACCUGGAAUCAAAUGCAAUCGCAGCUUAGGCACCCGAACAAUCCGGUGGUGUUUAUGGACAUUACCGUCGGAACUUCGGAAAUCGGCCGAAUGGUGUUCGAGCUGUUUGCGGACGUGGUUCCGAAGACGUGCGAAAACUUCCGCCAGUUUUGCACCGGCGAGUACAAAAAGGACGGUGUUCCGAUCGGGUACAAGGGCUCCAGCUUCCACCGGGUGAUAAAAGAUUUCAUGAUCCAGGGUGGUGAUUUUGUCAAUGGUGACGGAACUGGAGUGAUGAGCAUUUAUGGUAACAGUACAUUCCCGGACGAAGGAUUCCUGCUGAAACACGAAGCACCCGGAUUGUUGUCGAUGGCCAACAGCGGGAAGGACACCAACGGGUGUCAGUUCUUCAUUACCUGUGCGAAGUGCAACUUUUUGGACUAUAAGCACGUCGUGUUCGGAAGAGUGCUGGAUGGGUUGCUGAUCAUGCGGAAAAUCGAAAACGUCCCCACCGGACCGAACAAUAAACCUAAGCUUCCGGUAGUGAUUUCGCAGUGUGGUCAGAUGUAAAAGAAAUAGCAACGCAUCUCGUUAGAUUUUUAUGAGCUUCUCAAUUCUCUACCACGUAAGGACACUUUGUUUUUAAGAUCCCGGACGGCCAGUUUCCAGAGUCAAGGAGUUAAUCACCAUCGACUCGAAGCAGUAGUGGACACGACAGGCUAUCAAUACACGUCAUCCAGCAGAACGAAAUACUAAAA